AAUCGAUCAUGACAACUCUACAGGUGACGUUGGCGCUGGCGGUCCUGGUGGGGCUGAGCUACUGUCAGGUAUUCAACGGCUACAUAAACCCGCUAUUUCUUCCCCGUGGGCUGAGAGGAGACUACCGCCGAGGACGCGUGUACGACCCCUACAACGAUCAGCGCGACAACGGCUACUAUCUCUCCAGGGGAGGCGCCUAUCAGGACUAUGACUACCGCCGUCAGCAGCUGGACAACAGGUACGACGACUACCGAAGAUACCCGAGUCAGUACGAUGACUACCGAAGGUAUCCGGUCGGACUAGAUCGUCGGUACAACGACAUCUACCGCCAGUAUCCCGAAGAUCUUCGUUACAAUUCGAACGUCGGUCUGGCCACUACGGCGCGUCCUCUGGACCGGGGACACCUUAUUGACAGAGGACAUGUCUUGGACAGAGAUCAACUCUUGGAUAGAGGGCAGAUCUUGAACAGAGGACAGAUCUUGGACAGAGGGCAGAUCUUGGAUAGAGGGCAAGUCUUGGACAGAGGACAAGUUUUGGACAGAGGGCAGAUCUUGAGCACUUCGUCUCCAGAAUUGGCUGUCACCGUCCAAUCCAACGGCUCGGUGUGAUCUCUUUAACUAUGUACAUUACAAAAGUUGCAAUCAAAUUAGACAUAUAUAGAGCUUUUUUUAAUUGAAUAAAAAUUUUAUACAU